AUGAAGAACAAGGGAGACUACAACAAAAUUCACACAGUGGAGGAGCCAUAUCAGGAUUCAGACUGUGGAGAGGGCGUCAGUCAGAGCUCCCAUGCCACUUCCCAUCAAAGAAAUCCGCUUGAGAAGAAACCCUAUCAGUGCUUGGAAUGUGGAAAAAGCUUCACCUGGAAACAGAGUUUCGCUACCCAUCAAAGAAUUCAUACAAAAGAGAAACCCUAUCACUGCUUGGAGUGUGGAAAGAGCUUCAGUCACAGCCACAAUCUCACUACCCAUCGUAGAAUUCAUACAGGAGAGAAACCAUAUCACUGCGUGGAAUGUGGAAAGAGCUUCAAUCACGGCUCCCAUCUCACUGCACAUCAAAGAAUUCAUACAGGGGAGAAACCCUUUCAGUGCUUGGAAUGCGGAAAGAGCUUCAAUCAGAGGGCUAAGCUCACUUCCCAUCAAACGAUUCAUACAGGGGAGAAACCGUAUCAGUGCUUGGAAUGUGGAAAGAGCUUCAAUCAGAGGGGCAAGCUCGCUUCCCAUCAAAGGAUUCAUACAGGGGACAAACCCUAUCAGUGCUUGGAAUGUGGAAAGAGCUUCACUCGGAGUGCCAAUCUCACUUCCCAUCAAAGGAUUCAUACAGGGGACAAACCCUAUCAGUGUGUGGAAUGUGGAAAGAGCUUCACCAGGAAAGAAAGUCUAACUGUUCAUCAAAGAAAUCAUAAAGGGGAGAAACCGUAUCAGUGCUUGGAAUGUGGAAAGAGCUUCAGUCAAAAAAGUAGUUUCACUUCCCAUCAAAGAAUUCAUACAGGGGAGAAACCCUAUCAGUGUGUGGAAUGUGAAAAGAGCUUCCGUAACAGCCGCAAUCUCACUUCCCAUCAAAGGAUUCAUACAGGGGAAAACCCCUAUCAGUGCCUGGAAUGUGGAAAGAGCUUCACCAGGAAAGAAAGUCUAACUGUUCAUCAAAGAAAUCAUAAAGGGGAGAAACCGUAUCAGUGCUUGGAAUGUGGAAAGAGCUUCGUUAGGAAGCACAGUUUCACUUCCCAUCAAAGAAUUCAUACAAAAGAGAAACCCUAUCAGUGCCUGGAAUGUGGAAAGAGCUUCAGUCACAGCUAUACUCUCACUUCCCAUUGUAGAAUUCAUACAGGGGAGAAACCCUAA